AUGCUUUGCUUGGGGGGUCCGAAUUCAUCGAACGACCGACGGCAUGGCUUAGCCCAACUCGCGAGUUUCGAGGGCGUGCGGGCCCAUCUGAAUGUUCACAGAAGCUGACCUACCACUCUUAUUGUAGCACUCCUGAUAGUCGCUCGGCAGUGUACGAAACCUCGCUGUACACGUACACGAGCUCGGGGGGCGCAGUCGUGUACGCGACCACGAUCCUCACAACCUACGUCUUUGUCCCCGCCGCGACGACGACAGGGGCGCGAACGCUCAACUCGAACGGCGACGCCUCGGGGGGUAACGCCUUCUUCUCCAAGACCGGCGCCGUCGUUGGCGUCUUCCUCGCCGUGGGUUUGAUCGUCGCCUUCAUCGCCGUCGGUCUCGGCUUCUUCUACAUCCGUAGAAAAAGACGACAGCGUCUCGAUGAAGAUUUGCGCGUCGCGGCCGGGGGCGCAGGGGACGGAGGAGCUGGGAUCGCUCGCUUCAACGACGACGAUAGCGAAGAUGGAUAUGGGAACCCUUACGAUCCCACGAGCACCUCAGACGGACGCAUGUCGAGUUUCGGACCACCAGCCACGUUGUCGAGUUAUGGUGCCGUCGGGUUAACGGGUGCUGCGGCUGGCUAUGGUCUCGCUCGAACACCUUACGAUCAAGCGCACGACGACACGCCGUAUCGUCGACCACUCAGCUACGGUGCUUCCGUCGACUCGGACCACGCUCGUCAACACCGCUACUCGGCCGAAAUAGGACAUUGUUCCCCCUCCCCCAGCGACGGCUCCUUGCACGGCAUGGCCUUAGCCUACGGUGGCUUUUCAAGCCUCGGUCAUUCGCGAGCCUUUUCAGGCGAAGGCGCAGAAGAAGAAUCUCUACCUGAGUGGGCUCGAGGCUUCUUCGAUCAAGCUAAUGGUGUAUCGACUGAACGAUCAUCGCCUGAACAUUCUGGAGGAGGGGUCGAGCGCAUGGUGGCGCUGGAAGAGACGGGGGAGAACCCUUUCGUCGUUUCGAAGCCUGAUGAUCGUAUCGAACCGAGAACUUACAAGGGGGAUGAUAAUGUCAGCCAGGAGAGUCUGGCGGACGGGCAGGAUUAUUCGAGGAAACGAGUGUUGAGGUACGUCAGGUUUGAAUUUUUAAAACAGAUUGCUAUGUCGAACGCAACUUACACAACUCUUUUUUUCACUUCGUUGCAGGGUCGCCAAUCCUUCUGACGAGUGA